GCUGAGCGUGGAGAAUAAAAAGCCAGCUUAUGUUCUUGAAAACAUCCAUUUCAGGACAGCUCUCCCAGUCUUUACAGUGGAACAGAUUUCUUUAAAGGAUGGCUUUCUUUAAUAGCUUUUUCCAUAAAAUUAGUCAAGAUGAAAGUGCCAAGAGUUCUCAAGCCCCUAGUACAGAGGCAGGAACCGUCUAUUAUUCACAAGUCUUUAAUGCCCAGAAUGAUGCUGCAGCUCUGAAGAAAGCCAUCGAGACUAAAGGUGUGGACGAAGCCGCUAUAAUAGAGGUGCUUGCAAAGAGAAGCAAUGCACAAAGACAGCAGAUCAAAGCGGCUUAUCAGCAGAGCACAGGAAAGCCUCUGGCAGAUGCACUGAAAAAGGCUCUUAAAUCACAUCUUGAGGAAGUGGCUCUGGCCUUGCUGAUGACACCCUCUGAAUAUGAUGCUUUUGAGAUGAAAAAAGCCAUGAAGGGUCUUGGGACAAAUGAGGCCGUGUUAAGUGAAAUUCUGGGGACCAGAACAAACAAUGAGAUCAAAGCAAUGAAAAAUUCUUUCAGAGAAGCCUAUGGGGAGCUGUUGGAGGAAAAUAUCAAAAGUGAAGUUAGUGGAAAACUUGAAACUACCCUGCUUGCCCUUUGCCAGGCCACCAGACCUGAAGGCUACAACAUCGAUGAUGCACUUGCGCACACUGAUGCCAAGGCUCUAUACGAGGCUGGAGAGCAUCGGAUUGGUACUGUUGUCUCUGUCCUGAUUGAUGUUCUUACAACCAGGAGCGAUGCUCAGUUGGUCAAAACUUUCCAGUAUUACGGCCAAUUAAGCAAGAAGGGUUUUGCCAAAGCUCUUGAGAGUGAACUGCAUGGACACCUUGAAGAAUGCCUGCUGACCAUUGUGAAAUCUGCCUGGAAUAAACCUGCCUACUUUGCUGAGAGGCUCCAUCUUGCUAUGAAGGGGUUAGGAACUGACGAUGACACCCUGAUAAGAGUCAUCGUGAGCCGUUCAGAAAUUGACCUGGCGAAAAUCAUGCAGGAGUACAGUACUAUGCAAGGCCAAACCCUUCAGGCGGCCAUUCAGAAAGAAACAAAAGGAGAUUAUCAGAAGAUUCUGCUGACAAUAUGUGGAGCUCACUAAUCACCUCUGGAUUUGGAAACAUGUAUACAUGAUACUACUGUGCGAUUAUAUUCACUACAUGUGUCCAUUUAACAUCCCCAUGAUAAGACUAUGAAAAGUUUCCCAUUCUCAAUGAAAAUACAAGCCAUUGUGCGCACUGUAACUAUUGGUGUUCAUUUACAGUAUGAUGUUUCUUGCUACAACAGGAGUUCAUUACAAUUAAAUGGAUAUGGCUUAAAA